AGAAAACUAGAUCGAGGUGACUCCUCUCAAAUCCGUUUGCUUAGAAUCGAAUCACCAAAGAACAGCAAAGACAUUAUAAAAGUCAAUCUCUACACCAAGAACUUGAAUAAAGCACCUCGUUUCAGAGCUCUCUCAUACGCAUGGGGCGAUGAGAACCACACCACGCCUAUACUUCUCAAUGGUCUUCGGUUCGGUGUCACCUAUAAUCUCCACGCUGCCCUGAAAGUCUUGCGAUCGAAACCGAAUAAGUCCUUUCUAUGGGUGGACGCAAUAUGCGUGAACCAGAGAGACACUUCCGAAAAGAGCCAUCAGAUUUCACUCAUGGCACGCAUCUACUCAGAGGCUCGGGAAGUCCUGUGCUGGCUCGGGCCAUCUACAAAUGACGAUUCGGUUUUCCCGUUUAUACAAAAGUGCGCAGAACUAAAUCGCGCAAUAAUACUUCCCCUGCCUAGACCCGAGAUCCCAAUAGCUUUCGCAUCUAAAUCAGAUGCGAUUCGGGACAUACUUCUCCGACCGUACUGGUACAGAGUAUGGGUGAUCCAAGAAAACGUACUAGCCAGGAAACGCCUUUAUCUGUGCGGAAUGAAUGAGAUCAGCAGCGAUGAUCUAUAUCAGGGCCUAGUUCAAAUAGGCCGCUCUCUCCAUUUGAAACCUAAGAGGCUUCGCACCAAGUCGUUUUUGCAAGCCGCUGAUGACCUCCGCAACUUCAAUGGCUACGGGAUGUUAGCCAAUACUUUCAUAGGACCACGUGAGCUCAUGAGCCAUACGAUAUCAGAUCCUCUUUCCCUAUUAAUCGAAGCCAUGAUGGAUACCGCGCGAUUUAUGGCUACGGAUCCCCGGGACCAUCUCUAUGGCAUCCUUGGCCUAUUUCCCGAACUAGCUCACUUGAUCACGCCAGAUUACACCAAGAGUCCAACUGCCGUUUUUUUGGAUUUUGCCCUCCUGAAUUUGAAGGAGGAUUCGAGACUCAUAGCGCGGUCAGGGAUUGGACACAAGAAUUGCACCAGGAGGCGCAGAUCUUGCAACAAUCUGCCAUCGUGGGUUCCAAAUCAUAGCGGGCCUUUUGUUGAGAGCCGAACUGGUAUCAGCAUUUGGACGGCGCACAUAGACAUCAAAUUUGAGGCUGGGACUUUCUGUCCUCAGGAACUGAAAUGGCAUCUUGCACACGACACCCUGGUUCUUCGUGCAAGUGGUGUACAAGCGGGCAGAAUUACUUCUGUUCUGAGCCCAGAUACAUCCUUCCGCGAGAGAAUGGUCAAGUGGAAUUGCUGCGCAGCAGCCAAUAUCACAGAUCAUGCGUAUAUCAGUUGGAGGCGGGCAUUUUACCGCACGAUUCUCAUGGAUCGUGACCGCAUGAUAGAUCUCCGGCUGUUGUUUAAGAAUGACAACGCAGCGAUGGAUUUCAUCGAUGAGCGGAUGCCGCUCGACCUCAUCCAUUCAAUCAGCAUGAUAGACACAUAUAUCCUGAUGAUGCAGUCCAUCUUUGUUUUUUAUCCGAGAAAAGAGUCCCAGGCAGAAAUUGGUCAUCACUCACCGGUUCACCCCACCCCCUCCAUCCAGGCAGAGCGAUCAUAUUGGCUUCCGAAGAAUCAAGAUUCUCAGCUCAACGACCUCUAUCUUGGCGAAGAAAAACAGCACAGUGUCAAAAUGUUACCAGCUAACGAUAAAAUGAUAGGUGAAAGUAUGUUAGGAGGAUUGAAACUUAGUCUGGCCAACGAGGUCGACAGGAUUACACGGGAUAGGUCCUUCGUUCUUACUGAGUAUGGGCACAUGGCACUGGCUCCAUUAGGGGCUCAGGCUGGAGACCACGUCGUCUUAAUAGGAGGAUGUCCCGUACCUCUUGUUCUUCGAAAGCAGGGCGAAGAUUACCAAGUUAUUGGGGAUACAUAUGUAUGUGGCCUCAUGGAGGGACAAAUGUCCGAGAAUGUGUCUGCUGGAACUGCCCACAUUGAAGAUUUCAGUCUUAUUUAG